GACUCGAGACGAAUAGAGUCCAAACUCCGCCACAGCUGCUACACUCCUAUUGUCACUCGAUACUUUUCUUGUGCUGCCAUCGUUUUGGCCCAAAUGCCUAGAGCUCAGGGCGGCACUGCCCAGCUGGCAGCAGCCAGCGGCUGCCAGCAGCUGGCUAGGUCGUCCCAGGGACGAGUUGCCAGCCAUGGUCAGGGGCAAAGAAAACUGGAAUACGCUGAAUUAUUCGAAACAAAGACUUACAGAUGACGAUAUAGCUGGCCUCCACCUCUCACAGGAGCGCAGAACCUUCGUGGAGGUGGAUUUCUCCUGCAAUAAGCUAACUUCUUCCGGUCUCGAAGCAAUUGUGAAAUUCUGCAUCCACUGCCCAGACUUGUGUGUUUUCAAGGCCUUCAAGAAUGAGAUUGAUGAUGCGGGAGCGCGUCACAUUGCAACGCUGCUGGACAAGUGCAAGUCAAUCGAAGAGAUCCAUUUGUCCCACAACUACCUCACGGCCAAGGGUGUCCGUACAAUCAUCAGAGCAGCCGACUGGAAAAGGCACAAUACUGAAUCUCCGCUUUGGCUGCGCUUGGAACAGAACUACGUGGCUUCAGGUGCCGAUUUCUUGCGAGUGAUGGCUCAAGAGCAUAGCGUGUGUGGUCGCAAUGACGAUUGGCGCUGCACGAGCCGACAUUGCUACUGGAAGCGGAACAUCCACGUGCCUUUCUUGCACUUGCAACGGCAGGAUUGGCAGGAUACAGCCUGGACCGAAGACUUUGGGUGGGAACAAACUUGGAAAUCGUCUGCCCAGGAACAAAAUAGGAAGGCAAAGACCACCACACAAACUGCAGUCAGCAACCAGCCAAAAGCUGCAAAGAUGAUCGAGCCCGUUGAGGAGCUCUUCCGGAGACACGAUGAACAGCGUGAACAGUGGGUUUCAGCAAGCAACGAUGAAAAAGGCAAGCAACGGUGGGCAGUGAAACAGGUUGAAGAACCUGCAGUAGACUGGGCUGAGAGCGGAAACCAGGAUCGGGCGCUGGUUGGCCAUUCAAAGGGCUCUGGUGCAGCACGAAGCAACGCCAAAGAGCCGGAGUCAGACAAGACAAAGGUGGAUGUGAAAGAGGAGAUGAAACCGCCAAAAGCAGAGGAGCCCAAAGAGCCCAAAGAGCCCAAAGAGCCCAAAGAGCCCAAAGAGCCCAAAGAGCCCAAGCCAUUGCCCAAAGAUGCAAAGCAGAAAAAAACCAAAGAAGCCAAACAGGACAAAAAACUCAAGAGAGAAAUUGUGACCCAGGUCAAGGAAAGAGAAGCGCCAAGAGAAGCACCAGAGGCUGCACCCAAAGAUGCAAAGAAAAAACUGAAGGAACCCAACGACCCGAAGACUUCUGAUGAGAAAGAAGACGCGAAGGACAGUGGCAUGCAUACUGCAUGGGGCAGGAAGGGAAAGGAACCAUUGCAAAGCGUUUUAAGGGACCCCACAAUGACAGCUCUUGAUGGUGGUAAGGCAGCCAAGCUCGAAGCACGAACACUGCUGGAUGCACCCAAGAUCCCCGAUGGCAAGAUCGAGCAAAAGUGGGCUAAGAAAGGACCACGGUGGCAUAUGGUGUCCUCUGAGUUGUGA